AUCAUAUUUUUGUGUUCAUGUUUGUUGGAGGUUGAGGUUAUGUAGUUGAGGUUAAAAAAGUGUAUUAGGUGAACUGAAAUAAAUAUAAGAUAAAAUUAAAUCGCUAGUAUUGAAGAGAAAUGUCAGAGCAAACAGCAUUAUCGUUUACUGAUGAAGUAUUGGAAACAAAUUGCAUUUUCUGUGCCUUGUGCAAGGAUUUAUUGCGGCCACCAAUAAUGUUAGUAGAAAAUAUAGGAAAUGUGUGCUCAGUUUGUUUUAUGGGAGAGAAAAGAAACAACCAGAAAAACUUAAAUAAUUCUGCUUUAGAAACCAUAAUAGCGAUACUGAAACUUCCAUGCAAAUUUAAAGCGAAGGGUUGCAAAGCCAGACUAGGGUAUGAAGACUUAAUGUUGCACCAAAAUAACUGCAAAUACCGCACGAAGUUGUGCUCAUUGUUUAAGAUUUCUGGGUGUAACUGGGAAGGUAGUGCAGCCGACUUUGUUAACCAUUUCAAAGAAAUGCAUGGAGAUCAUGUUAUAAAUUUUGAAAAUAAUUUGUUCUACUUGCAAACUUCGUUUAAUGACUUGGAUUUGGUGAAGUUAUUAGUAAUGAGAAGUCACACUUAUAUCCUGCACAUGCAGACAGAUUUAUGCAAGAAAAAGUUAUUUUAUUUGAUCUGUAAUGUUAGAGACGACAGUGAUGUUUUUUAUGAAUAUUCCGUGAAGCACAAGGGAAGUAGCCACAACUACAUAAAAACAAAGUCUAGAAUACUCCCAGCUUCUAAUAUUUACAAUGAUUAUAUUGAUGAAAGUGUAGCAGUUGAGGUGGACUUGGAGUCUUUGAGGCAAAUUGCACAGGUUUCGGAUACUAUUACCAAUAUCUUUAAAAUUAAAGUCGACAGUGCACAGCCUGAUGGUAUUGACGAAAAAAUGUUACAUUUCUUUGAGUGUCCCGUAUGCAAGAAUUUUAUGAAACCACCUAUUUACCAGUGCCAGUCAGGCCAUAGCAUUUGUAACAUUUGCCGACCUCGACUUGAAAAAUGCCCUACUUGUAGGUCCAUGUUCGGAACAACAAGGAACUACUCUUUAGAGGGACUAACUUCCGGAGUUCAAUAUCCCUGUAUUUACCACGAUCUUGGUUGUUCUGAGAUGUCUACAGCGAAUAAAAUCAUCAAACAUGAAUCUGAAUGUCCCUUUAAACCGUAUACUUGUCCAUUUCCCAAUUGCACCUCUUCAGGAAAUAAGCAAACCAUCAUAACACACCUCAGGGAUUUUCAUCCGGAAGGAGUUAUUUUUUCUGGGACACCUGGAUACACAGAAACUUUCCGCUUGGAUCAGAACACAUAUUACAACAAAGUUGUCGAGAGGAAAUGUGUGAUCGCUUUCAACCACAUUUUCCGACUGGCUUCUAAGAGAGUUUGUGAACAUUGUCUGUGGGGUGCAGAAGUGAUCGGCUGUACUAGCCAACUGAAUAAUUUUGUUUAUGAGGUAGCUAUAGUCGACAUGCGUCGACCUGAGAAGAAACUAAUCAAGACGGACUACUGUCUCAAUGAGAUGUCAGAAGAAGAGCUAUUUAAACGAUGCAUUAUGUUCCCUAACAAUAUACUAACUUCUUACUGCAAUCAUGGGAUGGUAACGUUUCAUUUUACAAUAAAGCAAAAAUAGUUAUUCCUGACCGAAAAUAAUUGGCUACAAGGGUAACCAUUUAUUUUUCAGAAUGCAAAUCAUUCCAUUGAACAAUAGUCAACAUGAGGAGAUAGAGCUUCAUUUUAAUCAUGCAUUUGUGUAGAAAAGACUGAGUGGAAUUUUGUUUAUAAUGUUAUAUCUAUUUUAAUUAUAAGGAUGAGUUUUUUCUAUUAUAGUUUAUAUUUUGAUA